AUGGCGUCCAAGUUCCUCAGAGAAUACAAGCUCGUAGUAGUAGGAGGUGGUGGUGUGGGUAAAUCCUGCUUGACCAUCCAGCUGAUCCAGAGCCACUUCGUCGACGAGUAUGACCCGACCAUUGAAGACUCGUACCGCAAGCAGUGCGUUAUCGAUGAAGAGGUUGCCCUCCUCGACGUCCUCGAUACCGCCGGCCAGGAGGAGUACUCGGCGAUGCGCGAGCAGUACAUGCGGACCGGCGAGGGCUUCCUGCUCGUCUACUCGAUAACCUCCCGGCAAUCCUUUGAGGAAAUCAUGACCUUCCAGCAGCAGAUUCUGCGCGUCAAGGACAAGGACUACUUCCCCAUCAUCGUCGUUGGCAACAAGUGUGAUUUGGAGACCGAGAGGCAGGUCUCGACGGAAGAGGGCCAAAACCUGGCGAAGCAAUUCGGAUGCAAGUUCCUCGAGACGUCUGCGAAAUCGCGCGUCAAUGUCGACAACGCCUUCUACGACCUCGUUCGGGAGAUCAGGAGAUACAACCGCGAGAUGUCGUCACCGGGCGCGCCGGCGGCCGGCGGCAACGGUCCCUCGGGCAAGAUGGAGAUGGACGGUGAUGCCGAGAACAAGGGCUGCUGCUGCAUUGUCAUGUAA